AAGCCUUACAGGUUUGGAAUCACAUGAGGGUGAGUAAUUAAUGAUAUAAUUUUCUAUCCCUUUAACACUAUGUAUGUCAAGAAGGUCAAAAUCAAUGACACACACAAUACUGCAGAUCAGUUGAAAUGAUGGUAACACUUUAGUACAGGGAACACAUGUAACUUAUUAAAUACGACUUUUCCCUCAAUAAACUCCUAAUUAAUAGUAAGGUAGUUGUUAAGUUUAGGUAUUGGUUAGGAUUAAGAAUGUAUUAGGUCAUGCAGAAUAAGGCAUUAAUAUGUGCUUAAUAAUUCCUAUUAAAUAGCCAAUAUUCUAUUAAUAUGCAUGCUAAUAAGCAACUAGUUAAAAAAAUAUUAAAAUUAAAAUAAGAUGUUACCGAAAUGUUUUUCUGUGCAAUUUUAAAUUAAUUCUGCAAUUUACUAUAAAAUCUGCAAUUUUUUCUGUCACAUAUAAUUUUGCUUUGCAAAUUUGAAUAUGGCAGCAAUUUAUAUUGCUCUCAAGUUCUAGGAGCAGAGCAAUGAAGUGCUGAACUGAGCAACGCCACAUCACAUGAUCACCACUUUGACCUUUAUCGAGACUUACGUUUUUGCAUAUUAAUUAGUAUGAACAGGCUGACUUCACACAUGCUCCUGUACUCUGUCAUAAUGUCACACCUUGGACUCAUCGGCUGAAAACAAAGUCUGAAAAAGCAGACGUCUACAGAGCAGAGACACACACAGACAGCUUCUAUCAUUUACACGACUGAUUCAAAGAGACUGAAAAUGUCAGAGAGUAUUUAUGCCAAUGUAAACGCUGAUGGAAUAUAUGAAAUGGACGAAGAAGACAGAGAAGAGAUGACUUGUGAUGCCAAUGCAGAUACUAUAAAGAGUCAUGAUGUCAGGAGAAGAACAAAGAACCAAACACCUCAACAUACAGGAAGUGAUUGUGUGAAGAUAAGCUCCAGAGCAGCUGCAGUGUGUUUGAUGCUGCUCUUUGUUCUUCUGCUGACUGCAGUCAUAGUGCUGUGUGUCCAACUCUUUACAAACAUCGACCUGUUUCAAUUCAAGAGCAAAAACAUCAUGGAAGAAAGAGAGCUUCUAACCAAGAUUACUAACCUGACAGAAGAGAGAGACAAGCUACUCAGCAAGAACAAAAACUUGACAAAUGAAAGGGAUGGAUUAUUAUCCAAGAACGACAACCUCACUAAACAAAGAGAUCAGUUAAAUCAAGAGAGAAAUGAACUGGUGAAGACGCUUAAUGAAACAGAUGGAUGGUUAUACUACAAAUUCAGUUUUUACUUCAUUUCCUAUGAGAAGAAGAGCUGGGCUGAGAGCAGAAAAUAUUGUACAGAGAGAGGAGCAGAUCUGAUCAUCAUAAACAACAGAGAGGAACAAGAGUUUGCUAACCAGAUUUCCAGUCGUAAAGAAUUCUGGAUCGGUCUAAAUGAAGAGAACACAUGGAAAUGGGUUGAUGGCACCAACAUGAGUUUCAGGUUCUGGGGUCCUCAAGAGCCAAAUGGAGUUACAGCAAAGAACUGUGCUGUGUCUCAUUCAUCAGGGUGGCAUGAUUAUCAAUGUAACUAUGAAUAUAUAUGGAUCUGUGAGAAGAGCUUUGCAAAGUAUCUUGUAUAAUGAAAAAAAAAAAAAGUUUAUUCAGCAUAUUUUUAACAUGAAUAGAGGAUUUUCUCUCCUAAACCCCCAAACUUCUUUACAUUCUUACAUUUAAUAUGGUGUUUUGCAUGUUACUAAAUGUUUUUUUUUAUCAUUUUAUCAACAUUUUAUUAAAGUUUAGUUACAGGUGUAUUAAUGUGUCACUCCACACUGGUCAAUGUCAGUUCUGUAACUGCAGGCAGUGUUUAAGUGUUUUUAAGAAUCAUAUGGAUACAAUCUCUUAAACAGUAAACUGAGUAGCAUCCAGAAAUAAAACACACUGUGACCUGAUUUAGAGAGGUUUGACAUGAUUAAAUAUACAGAUUAGUGCUCCUGUUAUGUGAACAUUUCAGCAAUGUUUUUGUGUGGAGUCAAAAUGCCCCCAGACAUUACCGAUUGGGUAAAAAUGUGUACAGUCAUAUUGAAAACUCUGUAACAAGAUGUGCAUGUUUAUGAACUCUUCUAAUAAAUACAAUUAGCAUAUUUUUCAGAGAUGUCAAAGUUGCUUUGGGGUCAAUUUGACCCUAGACAUUACAGGAGGAUUAAAGGAGGAAGAUAAGCUGCAGAGCAGCUACAGUGAGUAUAGAGCCGCUGUGUUCCUCUCAUGCAAUUAUAGGACUUUAAGUUAAAGAAAAAAAAAGUUUUUUUUAAGAAUCACUAAUCUUAUCCAUCCUCCUCCUCCAUUUGCUCUGUAUAUGGUGAUCUAACAUGAGGAAGAACAAUAAGAUGAAAGCUCAUUUACCACCAUGUCCAUCACAAUCAGGAAGAUAUAGUGAUGCCACUAAUGCCACAGUGCUUCAGAACAGCAGCAACGUCUGAU